GGCGGCCUGCGGAGCGGCGCGGCCGGGAGCGGCCCCCCGGAGCGGAGCGGCGCGCACGGCCUGGGGAGGCCGCGAUGGCGAACGCGAGCGAGCCGGGCGGCGGCGGCGGCGGCGGCGGCGAGGCGGCCGCCCUGGGCCUCAAGCUGGCCACGCUCAGCCUGCUGCUGUGCGUGAGCCUGGCGGGCAACGUGCUGUUCGCGCUGCUCAUCGUGCGGGAGCGCAGCCUGCACCGCGCCCCGUACUACCUGCUGCUCGACCUGUGCCUGGCCGACGGGCUGCGCGCGCUCGCCUGCCUCCCGGCCGUCAUGCUGGCGGCGCGGCGCGCGGCGGCCGCCACAGGGGCGCCGCCGGGCGCGCUCGGCUGCAAGCUGCUCGCCUUCCUGGCCGCGCUCUUCUGCUUCCACGCCGCCUUCCUGCUGCUCGGCGUGGGCGUCACCCGCUACCUGGCCAUCGCGCACCACCGCUUCUACGCCGAGCGCCUGGCCGGCUGGCCGUGCGCCGCCAUGCUGGUGUGCGCCGCCUGGGCGCUGGCGCUGGCCGCGGCCUUCCCGCCCGUGCUGGACGGCGGCGGCGGCGACGACGAGGACGCGCCGUGCGCCCUGGAGCAGCGGCCCGACGGCGCCCCGGGAGCGCUCGGCUUCCUGCUGCUGCUGGCCGUGGUGGUGGGCGCCACGCACCUCGUCUACCUCCGCCUGCUCUUCUUCAUCCACGACCGCCGCAAGAUGCGGCCUGCGCGCCUCGUGCCCGCCGUCAGCCACGACUGGACCUUCCACGGCCCCGGCGCCACCGGCCAGGCGGCCGCCAACUGGACGGCGGGCUUCGGCCGCGGGCCCACGCCGCCCGCGCUCGUGGGCAUCCGGCCGGCCGGGCCUGGCCGCGGCGCGCGCCGCCUGCUCGUCCUCGAGGAGUUCAAGACGGAGAAGAGGCUGUGCAAGAUGUUCUACGCCGUCACGCUGCUCUUCCUGCUCCUCUGGGGGCCCUACGUCGUGGCCAGUUACCUGCGGGUCUUGGUGCAGCCCGGCGCCGUCCCCCAGGCCUACCUGACGGCCUCCGUGUGGCUCACCUUCGCGCAGGCCGGCAUCAACCCGGUCGUGUGCUUCCUCUUCAACAGGGAGCUGAGGGACUGCUUCAGGGCCCAGUUCCCCUGCUGCCAGAGCCCCCAGACCACCCAGGCCACCCUCCCCUGCGACUUGAAAGGCAUUGGCCUAUGAGGGGCUCGCCCACCGCGUGCACCCCAACCCGGCCUUUCCCUUUGGCUUGGACAGUGACGUCGUUUCUCCCCUC